GUUCUGGCUGAGCGAUAUGAUUGGCCCCUCGGCCUGUUUUGCCCGAGUCGCGUCAAAUUCGAAUCACACAAAGAAGAAAUCGGCGAUGGCUGCAGGUUGUGUUUACUGGCUUGCUGGACACAAUUUGAACGAAAUUUCAAAAACCCUGGAGGUAUUCAGGGAUCACGAUGGAUGGAGAGACGAUAACGAGACGACGACAUAUCUUGCUUUUGGAUAUCAAAGCUCUGAAUUUCAAAGUAUCUGCGACUCCCUCAAACACGCAAGAUUACAAAGACCUGUUGAAUUUUUAAUAAACUUGUACAGGGAACAUGGAACAAAGAAGCCAUUCUGUGAUUCCAUCUUUGAUCUGAAGGAACAGCUGAUAGCUCUUCAACUGGUCAUGGCACAACUCAACAAAGAGGAAACAGGAGAGUUCACAGUGAAAAUACAAGAUGUCCUAGAUGCACACAAAGCUAUCAUGAAAUCCAAGUUAUCUAUGGAUGAUGACGAUGAUGGCGACACAAUCACAAAGUUGUGUACUGCCUAUAAUAAGUUUUUGUCCCACUGCAACGCCGUAGACUUUGCCGAUGUCUUUCAGAGAGUGAAGACAUAUUUUAUUGUGGACAGUAAUCUUAAGGACAUGUUCCAAACAUCUCAUCAGUUUGUUCUGUUUGGGAAACCCAAGACAGAACUGGAGCGACAAAUCCUUCUGCUGGUUGUUGGAAACAGAACAAUGAUGUGCUUUACAGGGAGAGAAGAUUGUAAUCAUUUCCUAUCUGAGAAAACAGUACAUUUGUUCCUGCGUGGAGGGUCAGAAGUUAAUGCAGACCAGUCACCAGAUUCUCCAAUGCAAAGGAUCUGCAAGCCAAAUGUGACAGUUAAAUGUCAUGAAGAGGUGGCUAAGGAUCAAUUGCUCAAGGUUUUGCUUAGCUACCUCAGGCUUCUGGUCAAUUCCAGAGACGAACUAGCCCUCUCUCAAGCCAUCAACAUACCCUACAGAGAAUUAGCUCACAAGCAGUUCACAGCACUCAGGAAAGUGGCAAGAGAGAAAAACAUGCCCAUGUUUCAGACAGCUGUGUCUUUUAUUCUGAGAAUACGUCUGGGUGGAAAGAGUUAUGCACCAAGUGAUGACAACCCACUUCUCCCUUUAACUAAGGGUCUUGGUGAAUUUGUAACCUUUUUCCAAAAGUUGCAAAAUGUCUGUGAAGAAACAGCUGAUGCAAAAGAUGCCAUCUUUCGAAUUAUUAAAAUGCUUAAAGUUAGUAUUACAAAAUCCAAGGAAAAAGUUUUCACAAAUGAAUGCAUUGGUGAAGUCAUGGAAUCCCUGCAACAAAAGGUAGAACAACUAAGCAGUGAAAGUUCUGGUACUGACAAGAUUGCAUCCACCAUGGUUGGAAUGAAGGUGUAUCUCUUGAUUCAGGCCCUGCUGGACCAACAAGUGAAGAAAACAUGUCUACAGGAUUAUCAAGCAAGUGAUGUGAGCUGUGCACUGAUGACCCCAGAAACAACUCACAGAAAAUCUAAAGUACGCUCGAUGCUCAGCCAAUUCAGAACCCCUGAUCUUGAAUCUCAAGAGGAAGCUGUAACACCAACAAAGAAGCAGCCACUAAAGCUUAAAGCAGAAAAGCAGAAACAGUUUGACAGCUACAGAAAAGUGUGUGGUGACAUGAGCUGGGCAAAACCUGCUGUCAGUAUCAAGAUAGGACCGAGUCCUGCCACCAAGAGGGACCAGAUGAUGGAUGCUGCGAUCAGCACUGAUAUAAUAUUGUCCCGAAAGAACUGCAUUAUCGAAGAAUGCACUGAAGGUACACCAAAGUACCACAGCAAGAAAAGAACUCUAAAAGAAUCUAUGUAUGACAAAGAGAACAAACCCAGUGAAGACAGCAUUGAUAGAGAAGUUUCAAAACCACCUGCAAAACGUAUCCUCCUUGAAAGAGACACAACUGGAAAAAAGAACUCCAAAAGCAAAGUUACAGGGAAAGCAAAGUCAAACAGAAAACAGAUUAAAUUAUUACAAGGGCAAAGACAGCUUACUAACUUUUUUCGGUAAUUGAGUGGAUGUCUAAUAUAACAUUAUCAUGGAAUUUAAUAUCUCAGUCACGACAUCUAAGAAUAUUGUCAUGUACAAGCAACUAACAAUCUUUGAUUUUUAUCGAAACAUUCUAAAACCACUUUGCAGCUGUUUUAACUAAAGGCUUUCUUAUGGAAACCCCUGUAUUAAGACUAGAGUUACAUUCAGAAGUUUUUUUUCAUUUAAGAACACAACCUGCAAAAGAUAAAAUUGUCCAAUUAUACUCUACAAUUUUAGUGAGCAGUUACAGCGUACACAUACACAUAAACAUACAUCCAAUUCUCACUCUCAAAGGAUUUUGUAACAUUUUAAAAUAAACAUUCUUUAUAAGAAUUAUUAUGCAAUUACCCUUAUAUAUAAUUACCAUGCAACUGACUUAUUUUUUAAUAUACAAAUAGCAACGCAAAAUUUGAAUUUACCGUGCUUUGUGGUUAACUUUUUGAGGAUUAAACAACAAUUUGUUUUCAGUUGCUCAAAUUUUUAAUGUUUAAUUAGUUGACAGGAUAAAAAUUUGGCAUGUGCUUGUGCUGAGUUCAUGUCAUGUUUCAAAUGCAGUUACUACUAACAGUUGAAUCCCACUAUCUUAAACUCUCGAGGAAAAUGAAAAACAGUGGGUUUAAGAUGGCCAAAAGUAAAUAACUGAAAAAACUUUUCCAAGGGAAAGUGAUUUGAGUUCAAGAUGGAGAUAUCUGGCUUCUAGAUGAGGCAAGGUUCAAGCGUACUUAGUAGAUAACUUUUUUAAAAGGUGUAAGGUGACUUGACAUCAACAACCACCAUUUUCAAGUCCCACUAACCAAUGUAUAUUACAAGCUGAUAAUGUUAUUUCCCAACUCUCUGAAACUGUCUUUCAAUGAUCAUUAAUAAAAUGAACUGUCUUCUCUGGUAGUUCAAGACUUUGACAAUCA